CAUAGGCUUUGAGAGCCUCUCACGUGCACUGACUCUGAGUUUGCAUUUGUUUUGAUGUUUUCAUUGCAAUUAACCGACAAUUGAUGCAAACAGUUAUGAAUCAGAUGAGGAUCUUCUCCAACAUUGCCCUCAAAUGUGGUCCAAACCAUACAUUCACUCAUCACUUCAGACGAACUCUGUGCUCAUCUCAAGACACCAAACAAGACAUGAGAGACCCUUUGCGGGACAGGAGUCGAGUGAUUACUCCGGAACAGAGUAUUCAGUAUCUGAAGAGCACAGCCUUUAAGGAGACGUACGCUCACCACAAGGUCUGGCAGUUAUUUCGGCGUAACUUUAAGGGCCAGUACUCGCCGUAUAAAUCCCGCAGCACUUGUAUUAUCGAUGACUAUGUCUACACAUCCAAUCCCUGUCCCAUUUGUCGCGACCAGUAUCUCGUACUUCACUAUACGAACAUGGAUCUACUCAAUCACUUCAUUAAUCCUCAUUCGGGUUAUGUCUACGAGAAUACCAUUCUAUGUCUUUGUGCCAAACAAUACGAACAGCUAUUGGUUGCCAUCACUUUGGCUAAAGACUGCGGGCUCUUGACGUUUGAGCAUGGUGGUGUUGGUGGUGACCCUGGUCCAGUGAGUGCGAGGCACCGACUCUUUGCCAGUGUUGCCGAAUCGUCGGCGAACGGUCAGCAAUGGCACCGACCGGCGGAACUGAUCCGCAAUAUCGGGAUAUCGGCGCACAUCGACAGCGGGAAGACUACUCUGACUGAACGGGUUCUCUACUAUUGCGGGCGAAUCCAAGAGAUGCAUGAAGUGAAGGGUAAGGACCAGAUCGGCGCCACAAUGGACUCCAUGGAGUUGGAGAGGCAGAGGGGCAUCACCAUCAAGUCGGCCGCCACUUAUGUGAACUGGAAGGGCACUGCCAUCAACAUCAUCGACACUCCCGGACACGUGGACUUCACGGUCGAAGUGGAGAGAGCCCUACGAGUGCUCGACGGGGCAGUACUCGUGCUCUGCGGGGUAGGAGGCGUUCAGUCGCAGACCAUGACUGUCACCCGACAGAUGAGGAGGUAUGACGUGCCGUGCAUUGCAUUCAUCAACAAAUUGGACCGAAUGGCUGCCAAUCCUUAUCGAGUGAUCGAUCAGCUCAGACACAAACUCGGAUUCAACGCCGCUUUCCUUAAUAUACCCAUUGGUCUCGAGUCGAAACACACGGGUAUUGUGGACCUCAUCCACCGAAAGGCCGUAUUCUUUGAGGGCAAUAAUGGUGAAAUUGUUAGAGAGGGUGACGUUCCCGAAGAUAUGGUGUCCAUAAUGGAGACCAAACGCCAAGAACUGGUUGAAUGUCUGUCUAAUUGUGACGAUAUUUUGGGUGAAAUGUUUCUUGAUGAAAAGCAACCAAACAAUCAGCAAAUAAUGGAUGCAAUUCGUCGCUCGUGUAUAGCUUUAAAGUUCAUACCAGUGCUGACCGGAAGCGCCUUAAAGAACAAAGGGGUUCAGCACUUGUUGGACGCUGUCAUCAGUUAUCUGCCGAAUCCAUCGGAAGUGAAGAACUACUCUCUAGUGCACGAAGAGGAGGGCUCGGCUCCGAAGCGGCUGCUAAUGAAUGCGGAAAGAAGUGACAGUAAUAUGUUUGUGGGACUGGCAUUCAAGUUGGAGGCAGGCCGUUUUGGACAGUUGACGUAUAUGCGCGUAUAUCAGGGACUGUUACGGAAAGGUAGUUAUAUAUAUAACUCUCGGACCGGCAAGAAGGUGAAGGUCUCGCGAUUGGUUCGAAUGCAUUCCAACCAAAUGGAGGAAAUCGAUGAGGCGUUGGCCGGAGAUAUCUGUGCCCUCUAUGGCGUCGACUGCGCCAGUGGUGACACUUUUGUCACUCAAAGAGAAUCCAAUAUAUCGAUGGAAUCCAUAUAUAUUCCCGAAGCCGUCAUCUCGAUGUCGAUGAAGACAGUGUCGAAGGACUCGAUGGAGAACUUUCUCAAAGCCAUCACUCGCUUCUGCAAAGAAGAUCCCACUUUUCGGAGCCAUUGGGACGAUGAGAGCAAAGAGACUAUAGUCUCAGGAAUGGGUGAAUUGCAUCUCGAAAUCUACGCCCAACGCAUGGAAAGGGAGUACAACUGUCCCGUCAUUUUGGGCAAACCUAAAGUGGCGUUCAGGGAGACGAUAGUGCGGUCGUGUCCUUUCGAUUACUUACACAAAAAACAGAGUGGAGGCGCCGGACAGUACGGCUGCGUUCAGGGAGUAGUCGAGCCGUUGCCUCCGCACCAAAACACACAGAAUAUAUUCUCAGACGAGACGUCCGGUCCUAAUAUACCCAAACAUUUCGUGCCAUCCAUUCGCAAAGGGUUCCAACAGAUGUGCGAAAAGGGACCUCUUAGUGGACACAAACUCAUUGGCCUUAAGUUCCGACUCCGAGACGGCAAACAUCACUGCGUCGACUCUAAUGAUAUGGCAUUCAUGUUGGCCGCACAGGGAGCUAUGCGCCAGACCUACGAUAUGGGCAAAUGGCAAAUCCUGGAGCCCAUCAUGAAUGUGGAGGUGAGCUGUCCCUCCGAGUUUCAGGGAGAGCUCAUCGGACAGGUAUCCCGACGCUCAGGGGUUCUCCUCUCAACCGACGAAUCAAACAAUUGGUUCACAAUUAAUGCCGAAGUUCCGCUCAACGAUAUGUUCGGAUUCGCCGGUGAGUUGAGGUCAUCCACGCAGGGAAAGGGAGACUACACUAUGGAGUACUGCAGAUACUCUCCCACCAGACCUGAUGUCACGCAACAACUCAUCGAACAAUACAAUCAAGAGUUGGAAACAAACAGACAAAUGAAGAAAAAGAAUAAAUAAUAUAUUCAUUGGAUUACAGAUUAUAGUCAUUAGAGUCAGACAUGUCUUGAGUUUGUAAUCAAUAAAUGGGUUUUUGUCACAAUUGUUGCC